AUGGAGAGGGACGCCGAGAAGGGCUAUGGCGACCUAGCCCGGCCGGCCGAGAGUCACGUCGUUCAGCAUAUGGGCAACAGAGUGUCGCUUGCGAGAGUAUCAGUCGCUGGACCGCCGCCGACACCACCGCCGAAAGAGGACAAGCCCCGACCGAUGACGAGCUCCACGAGGAGAUUAUCGUUCUCGACGACGAUGAGUCAAAGGAAGAUCAAGUACGGAACGGGUCGACACUCUCAGACGGAACUAAGCCCACAACCGACCGACGACCCCGACGAUCCACUGAAUUGGCCGAAAUGGAAGAAGGAACUCAACUUUGCUGCGAUCUUAAUGACAGCUGGCUUGGUGGGUGGGAUGAAGACGGCGUACAUCAGCGUGAACAGUGUCUUGGCGGUUCGCUUCAACAUUUCCUACACGGCUGUCGCAUCUUUGACUGCUGUGCCGCUCGUCAUCUCUUCAAUCACCGGCUUGCUCAGUCUGAUUGCUUCCAAGAUUUGGGGCAAGCGUCCGGUGUACCUCGUCUCAAUGACACUCAUAUUCAUCGGCGCGAUAUGGAAUAUGGCGGCGGGCAACAGCUUCGGCGAGUUGAUGGGGGCCCGCGUCUUCCAGGGCUUGGGAUGGGGUGCGUUUGACACGCUUGUCCUCGGCUCCAUCCAUGACACCUACUUCGAACACGAGCGUAACAUCCGCAUCGCGGCAUACAACAUUCUGGUCGCCGUCACAACGUGGGGCGCGCCUAUUCUUGGUGGUCUUGCCUCCCAGAAUGCAGGUCGCUUCACCAUUCAGUUCGAGAUCAUCAACCUCCUCCAAUUCAUCGCCAUUCCUUUGCUUGCCUUUGGUGCCCCCGAGACUGCCUUCGAGCGGUGGUUCAGCAGCAGCCCUGCUCCGACACCCGGAUCUGCCUCUCCCUGGGCAUCUCAGCCCCCAAAACCGCUCGGAAAGCCUACCAUCGAAGACGCCAAGGCAUACCUCCGCAGCAUGACUCCUGUUUCUUUCUCGGGUAUGAUGGACUUGCGCACACUCUUGCAGGCGCCGAGGGCUUUCGUCGCACCUACUACUGGGCUUCUUGUAGUGGUCACGUUUUUGCCCUACUGCACUCUUUGGGGGCUCACUGAAUCCCUUUCUCUGCUGUUCUUCCCCAUGCCAUGGAUGCUUUCCGAAGGAAACCUCGGCGCGUUGAUGAUGGCUCCAUUCAUUCUGGCUGUCAUCGCCCUGGUUGCGACGGCUGUUUGGCGCAGACGAGCUUCGGACUACACACCAUACUGCAUCGCCUGUACUCUAGCCGGAGGAACGGUCCUCGCCGCUGCUGGUAUCCUCGCAUUCGGUUUGAAGACCCACGACGUUAUGAGUGAAGUGUCCGCCGAGCCCUCGAACGUCUUCGCCACUGACGGCGUGGGCACACACCUCUCAUUCCCUCUUCUCUCUCUGCUCCUAGGUCUUCUCGCCGCCGGCGUUGCCACCCUCGACACCGCCGUCCGGCCCGUCAUCUGGCGGUCUACACAGUUCACCUCGUCCAAUAUGAAUGUGUGUCUGCGAAACGUGGCCGACAUGGACGCCGGUGUGACGUGUUGGAGGAACUUGUUAGCCGGCGUCUUCGUCAUGACAAUCCCGAACGCGAUUGUUAUGUGGGCUGGCCUCAAGGCUACCGUCCUCGGCCUCGGCAUCUCGCAGGUUCUGGUGGGCGUCGCCGGUUGUGCGCUGUGGUGGAUCUAUGAUGAGCACGUGAGGAGGCUCGACGGCAUCGUGAUGGGGUUGGUUGAUUUGAGCAUGUUGAAGAGAACUGGGAGCUUCUUCGAUACUGACUGA